UUUGAGAUAUGUGGAAUUGAAAUUCAUUAGCGGAUUUUCUACUGUUGUCUGCCUGUUCAGAAUUACAAAGCCGUACAUAAAUAUAUGAAAUAAUUAUUCAAUCCGAAAAAUUUUUGUUAUAUCUAAAAUCAGUGAAUAAUUAUAUAUUUUUUGAUAAAAUGGUUAUAUAUUCGUAUUAGGCAAUGUAGGUUUAAAUGAUGUUGUGUAGCGUUAAUAACCACAAGAUAGCUGAUAUCAAGUGCUGGGUGUAGUUUACGGAACGACGUGAGAAACGGACAAAUUUUGCACAAAAUUAUUUUUAUUUUCUCUCAAAUGGAAAAGUUAUUCCCAGCGUUUGUUAAAUAGACCUCUAAAAUGGCAUAUAUUAACGUCGUAGAAUGGACGACAGACCAGGUGACCGACUGGCUGAAAGGUUUAGAUGAGUCAAUGGAACACUACAUUAGAUCUUUUACAAAUAAUGAAGUAGGCGGUCGUCAACUACUCAAUAUACGCCCAUACGAACUGGAGCAACUGGGAAUGUACUCUAUUGGUCAUCAGGAAAUUGUUUUGGAAGCUGUUGAAAAUUUGCGUAAUUUUUAUUACAAUUUGGAUAAAGAAAACUUACAAUUUAUGGCAUUACAUGUUGCUACUGCAGCACACAGCUUGCAUCGACAAUUAGUUACACAUAGUGAUUCAUCAAAAAUUGAGACACAAAUUCUAAGUGAUAUUACGAGAACCAUAGGGACAAUAAAACCUUUAAUAGGUUGGUUGGAACGCGCACCCUUCCAAGGUCAGGUUCAGUUUACAGAAAUUUGUAAAAAUUUACUACGCCUCGGACUUGAAAUGGCCACCAUGGCACAAAGGGAUCGUUUCGUCGAACGUCCUGUAGAUCAAAUACGUGUUACCGCGGAGAAGCUUGAACGACUUGCCAAUUAUAUUAUACAAGAUAUAUCAGAUCCUAUGCUAUUGCAACCAGCGUCAUUAAAUCUCGUCACGGUAAAGAAACGUGAAAUGGAUCCGGGCUUUGAGAUCGAAUCCAACUAUCAUGGUGUUCAUCGGAUUACUGAAAUUCGGUAUAAUUCGCCAGCACAUACUUCUGGGAAAAUAGAAUACGGUGACGAAAUUGUGCAAAUUAACUAUCAGACAGUAGUAGGAUGGCAGGGAAAAACUGUUUGGCACCAAUUGCAUGUCUCACCAACUGAUGUGCUAUUAACACUAAAAAAGCGCCCAAAACAUACAAAAAUCUAUGGACAAAUUUAUAUGCAACCGUAUCGUUUGCCGAGCAAAAAACGCACUGUUGGUUCGCGUUGGGGUGAAAACUUGCCACCCGCAAGAACUAGCUUUCUAACUGUGCCUAAUAAUCAAGCUGCAUUUGAGCUCUUGAAAUCUGAAGAGAAAGCAGCCACCACCGCUUCAGACACAGAAUCCAAUUGCAGUGACACAUCUUCACCUACAGAAACCAAAACAUCAGAGAAACGUAGUCGUCUGUAUUAUGAGAAACCGCGUACAGUAUUACAACGUCGACAUACAAUCAGUGGUGACCUGAAAUGCAGUAAUGAUGCUUUUCAACAUCAUAAACCAAAAGCCGGUAUUGUAUGCGAUCCGUCGUCACCGAGUUUACGUGAUAAAUGCAAGUCGUUCGGAUUUGGUUUGGAGUUAACUUCACGACCAAAAACUUGCAUAGGCAUGGCUGGCAAAAAUGAUGGUGCGAAUGAAAUACAAGAUGUAUUUAAUAAAUCGAAAACCAAUGCCGACGGCAUAGAAAAUGGUGAAAAUUCCCUUGAGCGUUCAAAACCAGGAGUGAGCAAAGUUGUUCGAUUUGAUGCUAAUAUGAAAUAUGAAGAUUAUCCCGUGGAUCAAAAGUAUACUUGCAAUGUUGAAAAUACUAUCUUGGAGACGUUUGAGCCAAUACUUUUUGCGGAUGAAGAGGAUGAAGAUGUGUUGGAUAUGCAACGUAAUACUGUGCAAGACAACAAAGCAUCAGCACUGUCUUUGUCAACGCCAACAACAACACCAACCACACCCAAACCGCCGGCUCCCUUACCCGACGCAGCUGCUGCAAGUCAAGUGGUUGAGGCAGUUAACGUACCAAUCGUAGCUCGUCGUGGUCGUCUGGACAAAAGUCAUAGCACGCCAGCCUAUGACAAUACAGGUGCAGAGUGUGAUACACCUCCCGCCAUUGAGCCACGUAAAGAAUUUCUUCAGCAAACUCCUCCUGUACCACCACCCCGUCCACGCAAACAAAAAGAUAUGUCGCCACAACCAGUACCACCACCUCCUCCGAAACCCCUGAGUCUAAUGGGUACAGCAUUGCAUUCUCCUGCAAACAUUACAAAACAUAAUACAACAACUAUAAAUACAGAAGGAAUUAUCAAUACUCCGUUGCAAUUACCCUUACCCACCAUGUCUCAAAUGGUGAAUUCGCCCACAAGUAAUAUCAGCAGCAAUACAACGGUGCCGCAUACUCCAACACAAGUCAACGAAUUGCACACUCCAACAAAAAGCCGCACAUUAUCCCUGAAGAAAAAACAUAGUUUAGUAAAUAAAAGACGUAAUGUUAACCUAAAGGUACUAGGAACAGGUGAUAUUCAAGGUCAUUUGUACAGACGCACGAAGGAUAGACGAGGUGUAACAUUUUGGGCUCGCUUAUAUUUUGUAAUGCUCAAUACUAUUCUCUACGGUUUCCGAUCGAAGGAAGCAACAAAAGCAAGUUGUGUUAUAUUUCUGCCUGGAUUUACAGUAUCAUUAGCUAAGGAAGUGCAUUCGAAGCCGCAUGCCUUUAAAGUAUAUCACGCAGCAAAAACGUUCUAUUUUGCGGUUGAGUCACAAGAUGCACUGAAUCAGUGGGUAGAAUUACUCAAACAAGCAACAUUGCACACACAACCGUCGAAUGCUCACAAUAUGCGCCAGCUCUCAUCGGGCAACGCAGCAGAUGACAUCAACACGAAAGAUCUAUUUUCUGAAACGGAUAGUUCCGGCGAAGAAACUGAAUCAUUAGUAUCUAGCAAUUUAUGCACGCCCUCGCCGCAAUCAUCAGGGAAGGAUAUCAUUACUAAUUUAGCAGCCAAUACAUCUACACCCAACACCUCCCAGCCGAAACAGGAACGUAGUUAUUUAGGAUCAUUGCGAAAACUAACAAAGAACACAUUACAAUUCAAAAGCAGCACAUCGUCGAGUGAGAAGAAACAUUCGAGUGACAUUCCAGUGCCUACAGAUCAGUAUCGGAGUUAUCGAAAAGUUCCCGGCGGCAGUUUCGGCCUACAAAUUGGUACCAAUACUCCUGGCUACCAUCACGAUCUGUCAUUUCAACUGCAGCAAAGUAACAAUCAUCCCACAUAUAGCAUGAACACAUCGCAGCCACAAAUGGUACCGUUAACGUCGGCACCACCCCCACCACAACCACAACCACAACAAAUACCAGAAGAUUCGGUGCGAAAACUCUCACUCUCUUCAAGUCGCAUUUCAAUCGCCAGCAACGGCACAGAUUUUUCACUCAAUUCUUCGGUGAUGUCGACAUCAUGUUUAGGACCACCGUCAUCACCAGCGCCGGUGCCUGAGCGAAAUGUAUCAUAUCAUGCAAACCAUCAAUCGCCUGGCGCUCUCAGUAAUUCCACAUCCAAUUCAAGCAUAUCAUCGAGAUCAAUGCGCAAAAUACCGUACAACUUCAUACAUGCGUCCAAUCCAAAUUUGGUUGAAUUCGAUUUCCAAACUUCAAAAACACUGGACUAUUCAUUGCCCAAAAUCAGCUCGGCCAAUUCUUGGGAUGCACCUCAUAACAUACAUACAACCUUUAUCACAUUGAAAGAUCUAAUGUUGCGUAAGCAGGAGGAGGAGGCUCAGGAGAUGUACAACAAUCGUGUGUUGCUAGGUGUCGAAAAGAAAGAUAUCCUACAGAAUAGAGCUUGUGGAAGUGUCAGUGGUGGAGAUUGUAAAGACAGCUGUGCGGGAAGUAUAAGUAGUAAACUGUCUAAAACUCAGAAUCGCAGUUUGCCGAAGACACCUGAUUACGAAAUAAGUUUUAAACCGACCGAUGAAGAUAUACGACGCACUCGCACCAAGGAGGGCUUGAAACUACGUGACUUUGGUUACGAGCUAAUAUCCGGCGAUGAACCGAUUAGCAGUGGUGGUGGUGGUGGUAUUGGUAUAUUAACAGCGUCACGACAAAAUUCCAAUAUGUCUACGACAAGCGGCAAUGCCGAUCACCACUCGGAGAGUAGCAGUAUAAUAAGCAGCAAGUCUCGUUCUUUUGCACUGCUUCCGCACAAAAGUAAAAAACACUCAAGUAAUAGUUGCUCAUCUACUUCGUCAAUCGCGGAGUUGAGCAGUGCUGGUGAAAAACGUUCGGGAAGUAUUAAAAAGAAAAGCAAAAGCGAGCGUAUUUUUCAACAAUUUCACAAGCAUUCGUCAAACAAUAAUAGUGGUAACUCGGCAAUGACUAUGACAUUGCCACUUAACAAGCAUAAAAAUAGUCAACGCGACGUGGAAUUAUCCAAUGUAGUUUCUGGUACGGGCAUUAAGAAGAGCCAUACCUACAAUCAUGAUUUGAAAGAAAAAGCUGGUGCUAAAUAUGAUGCCCAUCGGAAGAAUUCCGUACCGAUAUUAACAAAACUGAGUACCACUUUCGGAGUGGGAGGUAGCAAUAGCGGAAGCCAUGCUUCAGGUUCACUGAAUAGUAGCGUACUGACAGCCAGCGGCGGUAAGGGUGGCAAAGAGAAACGUCUGUUGGGCUCGCCAUUGCUACACCGCACCGUCUUUGGUACGCAACAUCAUCAUCGUCAUCAACAACAUAAUAUGAGCGGCAUUUCAGUGCCGACUACACCAACCUGCGCUGGUCGCGAAUAUGAUCGGGAAAUUUUCUCACAAAUUAUAUUUCCGAAAGUGAAUACAUCCCAUCAUCAUCAUCAUCAACAUCAAGCCAAUCACUUCCAAGGUGAUCGCAUGGGUAGCAUUAACACACGACACACUCAUUUGACUACCUCACAAACCAACGAAGUAAUUACAGCCCCAGAAGAUAUCGCCCCACCACCGCCGCAUGAAUCCCGUGAUGGUAAUGGCAAUGGUAAUAGAAGUCUGAAAGAGUUAAACUCCACUGCUUCAAACGCAGCGACAAUUAACUCACCAGAAUAUCCGCAUAUGGAGUGUCCGCCGGUAUUCGAACCCGAAAUAUACUCAUUAACCGAUCCGCUUGCUAGCCAAACCUUGCUACUACGUCGAAAAGACAGCGGUAACAAAGGUGUUGAUAAGCAGUAAUAACAAUAUCAAUCA